AUGCCGGUGUCGGUGUCAGUGCCGGUGUCAGUGCCGAAGGCGCUCAGCGGCCCCGCGCAGCAGCGGGCUCCGGCCGCCGCCGCGGCCCGCACGGCGCAGCCAUGUUGGCCGCCACCUGACAGGCGCUCCCGCUGCUCCCUGGGAGCGGUAGUGCUGCGGAGCCGCGGCCCGACUACAACUCCCGGCAGCGCGGCCGAGCGGGCAGCCGGUGUUUGUUCUGCCUUGAAGCUGACAGUGCCCUCUCAUACCGUCCAUGGCAUCGAGGGGCAGCCACUGCAGCUCACCGUCGACUACAAUUUCAAUGCUACAGCCUCAGAGAUCCAGAUCAUUUGGCUUUUUGAGAGGCCUCAGAGUAACCCAAAAUACCUGCUGGGUGCUGUAAAUCAAACAGUAGUUCCAGACUUGGAAUAUCAGCACAAGUUUACCCUCAUACCCCCAAGUGCAUCUCUGACAAUCAACCCAUUGCAUCUCAGCGAUGAGGGCAAUUACAUCGUCAAAGUCAACAUCCGUGGAAAUGGAACAACAGCUGCCAGCCAGAAGAUUCAAGUUGCUGUGGAUGUUCCUGUCACAAAGCCAGUUGUACAUACUGAACCAUCUUCAGGAGUGGUGGAGUUUGUAGGCAAUAUUACACUAAAGUGUACUGUGGAGAAAGGAACGAGGGUAGUUUACCAGUGGAUGAAAAAUGGGAAGCCUCUCCAUGCCAGCCCUAAUUACACUUUUUCCUCAAACAAUGCAACAGUUCUGAUUGUUCCUGUGGUAAAAGAAGACACUGGGAACUACAGCUGUCUGGUGUCUAACCCUGUCAGUGCAAUGGAAAGUGAGAUAAUUGCACCAACCAUCUAUUAUGGACCUUAUGGCCUUCGAGUUAAGUCAGAUAAAGGUGUGAAUAUAGGGGCAGUCUUCACAGUGGACAUGGGGGAAGUUAUUCUGUUUGACUGCUCAGCGGAUUCAAACCCACCAAACACUUACUCCUGGAUCCAAAGGGCUGACAAUAGCACUCAGGUCAUCAAAUAUGGGCCCCACCUGGAAGUUGUGUGCCACGAGGUGGCCCAGAAGACAAUCGAUUAUGUUUGCCGCGCUUUCAACAACGCCACCGGGAAGCGAGAUGAGGCUCAGGUCACAGUGGUCGUCACCUCUGUAGGAUUGGAAAAGCUGGCCCAGAAGGGAAAAUCUUUGCCAUCUCUUGCUGUAAUAACAGGAAUUUCAUUAUUUCUGAUCCUUGCUAUGGCAUUUUUAUUCCUAUGGAAAAGAUAUCAGCCACAUAAAGUGAUCCAACAGAAGCUGCAGAGCAGGCCAGAAGGUGACUACAGGAAGGCUCAAACAUUUUCAGGACAUGAAAGUGCUUUGGAUGAUUUUGGGAUAUAUGAAUUUGUUGCUAUUCCUGAUCUUGCUGGUGGUCCCAGGGUUUCAAGUCAGUCUGCUCUUGGCUCUGACUUUGUCCCAAGGCAGGAUGUACUUACCACCAUUUAUGAAGUUAUUCAUCAUAAUCCUGAGCAACCACAAGAAGACCAUCAACAUGAAUCUCAGAGCACAGAAUCGCCUGACUGGAGGAGACCUUAAGAUCCUGGAGUCCUACCAUGUCCCUGUACACAACUCUCAGACUGUGUCCCUGAGGCUCCUUAUCCUGCGGGAAUGGCAGCUCCACCACUUCCCUGGGCAG